AUGUGGGGUGAUGUUAAAAUAGUGCACGGAAAACCAAGACAUAGUCAGAGUCAGGGGUCUAUAGAACGUGCGAACCGGGACGUGGAAGAUAUGUUGGCGACAUGGAUGGCGGAAACAAAUUCAACAGAUUGGCCAUCUGGAUUAAAAUUUAUCCAAUUUCGAAAAAAUCGUGCUUUUCAUUCUGGUAUCGGUCGAUCACCUUAUGAGGCGAUGUUUGGUUGUCCAGCUCGUUUAGGUGUUGUAUCAAUUGGUUUACCGGUUGACGAAAUUAGCUCUUUGAAAUCUGAGGAAGAUAUUGAAUGUAUUUUGAAGUCAAACAAAGACGAGGGAGUCGAAGAAAAUGUACCGUGUACUAGUAACUUGGAACAAGUGACUAGUGACAUAGAACUUGGUAAAAAAAAAAUGUAA